AUCGCGUCUGGCGACGAAGGGACGAGCCGCCGCGCCACCAGCCCUACAUCGACGAAACAAACUCCUCCGACGCGACAUCAUGCGGGUAGACGUGUCAGGAAAAGAGAAUUGCCCCGACACUUCAGACGCGUUUAGCUGGAUCACUCCUGUCGUGCUCGAGGACGGGUGGCUCGAUAAAAUGGACUCUUCUGUUGAGAGUGAGUUAUUCCCUGAUAUCGCAUGGAAUGAUGGUGUGUCGGAUGCAUUAUUCCAUGGGGCAUCGGCAACUCCACGAUCGGGUAACGUUGCCGACGAAACUCCGCCAGCAAAGAAACUCACGAGCCCUCCUCGUGCGAAACCUACGGCAAAGCGAUCGAAAGGCGAAGUCCUGCGCCUAUUGGAACCACAAGCGAAAACGAUCUCUGCACAUCAGCAGGGCCAUCCUUUGUCGACAGAUCACUCGCCCACCUUUCUCGACGACUUGAUUGCACCUACGAACGCGACAAUACCUACCACGUCUUUGUCCCGCAUGACGGCCACAACUUCGUUUGGAGACGCUCCCCAAUCCGUACAGACUUCGAAUCUUCCGCCGUCGUCGACAAAGAAACGGUCUUGGGGUGGAUGGAGCUGGAACGACCAGACAGUGUUUUUCCAGGCGAUGAAGUGCAAGUGGAAUUCCCCCGCGCAACUCUCCAAACGAUGGGACCAACUCACGCGCAAACUUCCACACAAGUCAGUCCGUUGCAUCGACGACUUUUACCACGCGAUGGUGUCACACGUGCAUGGACUCCUCUCCCUCGUUCACGUUCAUCUGAAUAUCGACUCGUCCGACGAAAUCCGCCUCGCGCUGUCCUGUUGGCAUCGUGUGUGUUCGUCCGAGCUCGACAUUUCGAACCCAUUGCACAAGAAGCGUCUCGCGGGCCGCUUGAAGCACACGCUGUUUAAAAGCCGGAAAAGCAGCGAGGCCGCCAUGUCGUCCAAAAACGCUAAAAAAUCGGGGACGUUGCAAAACCAGCAGCCCACCGCUUCGACCAUCUUUUCCAUGCUGUCGAGCAACAAUGUCACCGCGACGACUUCAACUGCGCCCAAACAAUCCUCGAUUCCUGCUGUCGUGCAUACCCCGCUUGUUCGCAAGAAGCGGCCGCGUGUAUCGCCGUCCGCUUCGGCCACGCCCGUGUUGGUAGCUCUGACACCUCCACCGCCAUCCAUUUCCGGAACCUCCAUGUCCUUGUCGGGAACCCCCGCCGGCGUUGGUGCCCCCAAGCGACAGAAAUUGUCUCCACUAGCAACAGACGCUCGCAAGCGGCAGAUUAAAGUCCGGUUCGUGCCCAUCGACAAAGUGACCCAAGCGCUCGUGACAGACAUUGGCGCGCGCCCAAAAGUCGAGCUUUCAAUGAAUGGUUCCAAGCGCAUCUCAGAUGUGUGCCAGCACAUGAUGACGAAAUGGGCUGCCGUCCAGUCGUCCGAUCCCACUGCGACCAUGCAGUUCCGCGUGGUGCCGCUGGGCGAUCGAGUGCAUCCUGGGUGGAGCGUGAACGACAUCAGUGUAACAUGUUUGGACAUCUUGCAUCAGUGUCCGCCACAGCCGGCCACCGACGACGACACAGUGACCCUCGAAUACCGAUGGGAGCUCGCGCCCGCGCUAUCGCUCGGUGAAUUGCUCCCCACACCUCACAAGCCGCCUUCCCCAAGCCAGUCCUAUCCUGCGUCUGAAGAUGCGACAUUCGUCAACCUGAACUUUCUCCCAGUUCCUCCGCGCCACCCCAACGAAGACGACACCGACAACGAGCCGUGGCAUGACUUACGGGACUUGUCGCCGCCGCUAACACAUCCAGCACACGCCGCGGCACCGCCGGAUGCCGCCAUGUCCCUGGCAUCCACAGACUUCAACAGUUUCCUAGAUGAAGGACCUGGUGCAUGCACAGCAUGGAUGGAAUCGUUCCUCCCUCCGCCGCCGCCGCCAGAACCCUCCGUUGACCACGCACCCGACAAAUGCAGAAAUGCCGUGUGGCCGCAGCAGCCUGACAAACCAACCAAGAAACGGAUCACUCCAACGCUGAUUUCGCAGCCGACUGCUUCGUGAUUUAAUGUAUUGACUCGGUGACUACACAACGGAUGCAGGGUGAAUGGGCUACUUUGACUUGGGGACACUUCGUCGGGGCGUCGUCUGCUGUCGGAGGAGUCGUCCACAUGCAUCGUGCGCGGCUUGCUCCGAUUUAUACCGGCCGACGUAGAUGGGUUUUGCAUGCGCCGAAAGACGGACGCGGGCUUCAAAUGUUGUUUUGCGGCGGCACGUGACCAGACACUCGGGAGUUGCGGGUUCGCUCGGAUCGAGGAGAGCAGGGUGCUGCGCGUGCAAGCCGUCGAUAUUGAUCACGUAGUCCGACGUGGUCGACGAGGACCGCUGGGAGAGCGGCGCGCCGUCGGUGUCACUUUGGUUUGUACUGGAGGCGUGUGUAGAUCGUGUGUGCUUUUGCAAGACGAUGCGCGAGUACACUGGCGACGCCGCAGACGAGUCGUUGGGGGAAUGUGGCGUGGAAAGCCUCUCGUCGUCGUUGUCACUCAAGAGCUGCCCCAAUCCGGAAUACGGCGUCACACGUGGCGACGACUGCGCGCAUGCCGUGUACUUGGCAGCGGACGACUUGGGAAAGAGCUCUGGUACCAUCCACAACACCGACGGCCAACGCGUCGCGGCAACGGGAAUGUGCCAAGGAAGGAUGGUUCCAAG